AUGCUGCUGUGGCGGCGAACUCGUAGCGUUGUGGAGAGAGUGUGGUUGUCUGCGUUCCAGCUUCUCGAUGCUUUGCUUGGGUGCGUAUGGAAUGGAGGAAGUUGGAGGAGGGCUUGGGGAAAGUGGGCAAAGGCCACGCGCCCGACGGGCAAUUUCAUGUCCGAAAUGCCAAGGGCCACGUCCAGAGAGUCCAGUGUCCAGACUCAGGUCCAGACUCCAUGGAUCCGUAUCGCUUGCAAAUCCUGGCAAGCGGCCCCUCUCAAGCUCCUAUAUUCCACCGCCCAUAUCCAAAACAAGCCCCAGCUGCAUUCGCUCUGCCUUACGUUGCGCAAGAAUCCCGAGCGAUACUUCUGGAUAAAGGAUUUCGAUAUGGGAGACAAAUUCAAAAGCUCGGAAACCAACAAACCGGAAUCGAGGAUUGAAUGGGAGCCUCUGAUUGCGCCGAAAUGCCGCAAUUGUUAUCAGCUUCUCCUAGAGCUUGAUAAUGAAGACGCAGACCGCCCUGAGAACGGCACCCAGUUUUAUGGUUUUGGAUAUGGGAGUGGAUGCUUAUUUUACAUUGCUGCCAAGCUCAUAGGCGACGGUGAAAUAUCUGGCACGUUGCCCUAUUUCCCGGGACUGCGUGUCAUGCUGAUUAGCUCCAGCAGCGUUUUCGAAUUCGGGGGCUUCUUGAAAGCGUCGUCGUGCUUGACGUGCACUUUGACCAUCCUUACAUGUCACUACCGAGGUGGAAGAUCCGAACAGCACGCUCAUACUCAGAUCGCGCCGAUGUCAUUGUCCGACGAUCUCAGCUGCAAUCUUGCGGAACGAAGCUGGAUCGACGGGUUUGCAGAUUCCAACGGGGGCGGCAUAUUGGAGAUCAUGUACACCAAUAUUCGACAUGUUGAGCACUACGAUGAGAGUAUCAGGAUGUACGAAAUGCAGGCACUGCGAAGCAAGAAGUUCGACGAAGUCCGUCGCAUUCGGAUCCGAGAUGAAAACGACCGCUUGCUCCAGAUGUCUUCGCUGUCGGAGCCGGGAGCCGAAUGA